GGCUAGGGUUAGCAAGAACGCAGGGGCGGCGGCUAAGCACGUGAAAUUAUAAGGGAUGACGGGACCGGCCAGCUCUUGUCCUCCUUCAAUCCCGAUUUUCGGCCGACGGGUUCUACCGUGAUGUUCGUUUCGGCGCUAUCGUCCAGGGCACGGCCAAUUCAUGUUGACCGGAAACAACGAUAUGAAGCCGCCGAUUCCUAAACGACCCCGGCGGAUGGCUAUGUCGCCGGAAUCAGCACCUUUAGCCUCCGGCAGUAGCAGCUUCAUCCCAGAUGAUAUAAUCUUCUUUCAGAUACUCGUACUUCUUCCUGUGAAGUCCCUUGUGCGCUUCCAAACCGUCUGCAAGUCAUGGCGCACCACAUUAACCAGCAUCAGUUUCGUGCGCUGGCACCUGGAGCUUUCCAAGCGAACAAGGUCGACCAUGGUCCUCGUGCCACGCAAGUAUCAGGAGGACCGACGGAAGGCGUGUUCUAGAUUACUCAGUAUCUUCAGCUUCCAGCCAGGGGAAAGCAAGUGUGCGGAGCUUAUCUUCCGAAAGGAAUUUCAUCCCUAUGGGAUCCCUGUGUUCAGCAUUCCUCUCCAUUGUGAUGGCCUGAUAUUGAUCCCUUGCAUAAUGAGGAAAAUUUUCAUCUGCAACCCGGCCACUAGAGAGUUUGUUGAGUUGCCACCUGGAAGCCCAAGUGUUCUCUUUGAGCACAGGGUCGCCUUUGGCUUUGAUCCUUGGAGUGGUACCUACAAGGUGGCGAGGCACUUCAUCCGCUCGUACAGAGAUACUCUGCAAAUAGAUGGGGAAGGAGGCACCACUAGAGAAUACAGCAGUGGACAUGAGAUCUUAACAUUCGGUGGUGACAGCAAAGAAGAAGCUUGGGUAUGGAAGGCCACUGUGGAUCCACCAUACCCUAUCAAGGCCAGGACUCCAAUUUGUCUCCCAGGGGUCUUCUUUUGGAGUGCUCUCAAGUCCAUGGCACAUGGCAAGUGAUCAUCUAGGCAAGAAUGAUGCACUAUCUGCACUAGGUGGAAAGUUAUGCUAUAUCCACUCUCCCACUCCGUGGGAGAUUGCCAUUUGGUUAGCGGAAGAUGGGCCAAAUCUGACUUGGUCACUAUGCCGCCGUGUCAGUCUGCCGAUACCAAGAAAUCUUCUUGCCUUUGCAUGUGCGUCAACUGACCCGGACAAGAUAUUCCUCUCCAUUGAUGCGCGCUACCUUCUCAGGUGUGAC